CUCAGAACAGAAGCGUCAAGCGAUGUUCUGUUUGCUGAGGUUGCGCUUCUGUCGUCCAGAUGACCCAGUUUCACUUGGAAAUCGAUAGAGACGAUACCUAGAAGGCUAGUGGAUUAAAGAAGAAGAAUUUUAUGACUGAAUCUUCUAUUUUGAUAUGGUUUUUAAGGAAGAAUUGGUCCGCGUCGAGCUGCCGCAUUUGGACCCCAGACGAUGGAAAAAACUUCAAGAUCUCUAUCGAAGCCUACAAAAUAUCGAAGACUCAGAAACCCUAGUUUCAAUAUUACAAAAGAUUUAUCAAGAAGGCGGACAUGAUAGAAAAGAUUUGUACGACACUUUAGACGAAGCAACAGGUUUAAAAGACGAUGCUAGUAACUCGAAAUUUCCUUUUAGUGGUUUGCAAAUAUUUCUGGAUGAUAUUUUGGGGGAUUCACAAAGAAAAGAGUUUUAUGAAAGAACGCUUCCGUUUAUUGCAAAUUUAGCUUCCAAGUUAGAUGAAAAUGCUCCAGUUGAGGGAAUCAAAGUAUCCUGCCAACAGGAACCUUGCAGUAUUCUGCUUGACAGAAAAUUCAUUGCAUCAAUCCUGGCAUCAGGAUUCCUUUGUGCUUUGCCUGAGAAUAACUCAACCAUUGCAACAAGAACCAUCAACUUUGAUAAUAUCUUUGCAGACUUUCACAGAUCAGAGUUGAAGGACAUUCAAGCUGCUAAACUCCAGAGUUUUUUGUGUUACUUUGAGAAACUUGCUUCAAGUGAUCUUGAUUAUUUAUCAGGAGAGAUUAUCUUUGAAAGACAGGUUGUAAAAAAAUCUUCACUACCUUCUCUUGCUGACUGGAUGAACUGUGACAACAGACUCUGUCCCAUGAUCGUUGAUCAACACAAAAAGAUAAUCGAUUCAGAACCCAGCUUUCUUCAGGUGGAUUUUUGUAAUUGUUUUAUUGGCGGGAAUCUGUUAGGAAAUAAACAUGGACAGCAAGAGUUGAAUUUUUCUGCAUGUCCAGAGCUACUUGUAGCUACCAUGUUCAUGGAGUCACUUGGAGAAAAUGAGUCACUUUUUAUCAAGGGUGCUGAGAGAUUCUCAACUCUAGGCAGCAGUAACGAGGAUGAUGUCCACUUUGCCGGUGUCUUUCAAGACACAACAGAGCGCGACAUUUGUGGUAAUCUCCAAAGAGCUGUUGUUUCUGUGAGCUUGAUUAAAGACUACGAUACGCAGAACAAGGAGAAACUCGUCCUGAGACUUCUGAAUAAGGCACUCGUGUGUUUUUAUAGCCAAGGAACGCCAUGCGCGUUGAUCAAAAUGACAGACAAAGAUGGAAUCAAUAAUGGUUUUCAGGAAGACAUGGAUAAGGAGAUGUUAGAACAAGAAGAAGAUUACGAGGACGAGAAAGAUGGCGACAACGAGGGAGAUGAUUUUGAGAACGAAGACGAGUCUGGGAUAGCGUACAUCGACGAUGAAGUGACAGACAUUAACGGUAACAUCCAACUAAGCGCAAUAGAUACAUUUUGUGAUUCCCUUGUUUCUUGCGCUUUGUCGAAAGCUAAAGGCGAAAUUGGUGUCAGAUUUCGUACUCAUUCGGAAGACACUCGGCAAGUGCUCGAGAAUUUAAUGAAAAAAUCGGUUCACGAGGUUUUUAAAAACUCGCCUGAAAAACAAGAAAAGUACAAAGAAAAGAUUAUCGAGUCUUCUUUGAUUCCGAAAUGUUUGCAGUUACGCGCUUUCCAAUACUCUGACCUUCCGUUAGUUCCCGGUACCCCUCCUUCUUCACCCACAAGGCAAAGUCUCGUUUCCAGUGGUAACCAGGCCCCAGUUUCCGGUAUCGCUUCUCCGAAUACUCCGUUAAGUGAGGAGGUGAGACUGGGCACUACUAGUUUUGCCGAUUCGCUUGCGGAGUCGCUCAUGUCGUGCGUGAUGCUUUCGUCGUCAUUAGCAACAUCCAUAGCAACGAUAGCCUCAACGCCCUUAAGAAUCACCUCGGUUGCCUUGGAGACGUUAAAAGAAAGCCCCGUUAAAAAUGGACAACUGAUUCUUUCAUCUUUCUUGUCGCCAAAACUACACUUCGGUGAGAAAUCGUUUACCAAUGGAAGUGAAGAAUUUGGAUUGAUAGAUCUGUCGACGGAAAACGAUGGAGAGGGGGAGUCCAACUUGUACAUGGACGAAACGUCUGAGGAAGAAAACGAAGCGCGAAGGAGGAGUCUGAACGAACUCGCGUUGAAUCUAUUUCAGGACUUCGCAUCGCAGUUGGCAGAUUCCAUCGUCAAAUCGGCCAAAGGAUUUAUUUGUAAAGAUCUUGUGCGUGAUGACAUUGAUGAGGAACACAUGGAAGAUGAUGAUGAUGGUGGUGGUGGUGGUAAUGUUAAUUAUCAUGGUGGUAGUCAUGGUGAUGGUGAUAGUCGUGGUUAUCAUCGUUGUGGUAGUCAUGGUGAUAAUCGUGCUGGUAGUCAUGGUGAUGUUGGUAGUCAUGGUGAUUAUGAUGAUGGUGAUAACAGUAAAAAUAGCAGUAUCAAACGAACUGUCUCAAGUGGAUUCCAGUCUGAUGGAGAUUACAACCCUGAAAAUAGUUCACAAGGAAAAAACACUAACAAAGAGCAUGAUAAUGAGGCUAAUAAUGACAAAAAUAAGGGAGGUGAUAAUCAUGAGCUCCAGUCCACUGACAGUGACAGUGAGCAAGAGUCAGCCGAGGGGCACUGGGAAGAUAUAGACAUCGAUAAAGAAUUAGAAGACAGGCUUUAUGAGUUGGACUUGACCGAUAAUGAAGACAGCUCGAGCAAUAAUCAUCAGGAUAGUGUGGCAGAGAUGGCGGAUAUGAUGGUUAAGAGAGUUCUUGGCAGUGCUUAUGAAGAAGCAGCAAGAGAACUGAAAGAAAAGGCUGAAUUGUAUGGCAUUGAAGGAGAUUAUCCUGACCCCCAAAUGCAGGACAAACUGUUGGAUGUUGUGGAUUUAGACUCUUUAUUGUCCGAAGAAUUACCCCGUUCUCCCCAAAAUGGGUUUUUGUCGGAAUUGUGUUUUGAGUACGCCAAGGAUUUCUCAACCAGAGUCUUUCAAGAAGCAUUACUGGAAGUCUCUAAGAAAUUUGAACCAAAACAUUUUGAUGAGGAGAAUUUAGAAAUUUGCUAUGAAACAGAGAAAGUAGAAGAGGAACAAGAAGCCUUAUGCUUGAUGGAAGAUUUGGAUCAAAUUGACGGUGAACUGGAAAUUUUAGACGAAAAUGAUAAUGUAAAAGCAAACGGAGAAAAAUAUGAGGAUUUCGAAUCUGGAGAAAUUAAUUCUAGUACUACAACUAGACGCACGUCAAUCUCGGAAGACAUUUUAAAUGAAUUUGCGCAUGUACUUUCUGAACAACUGCUGGAGACUAGUGUGGCGAUCGCAGACGCGUCGAUGCUGCUGGAAGAUGAAUCUCUCUUGAUUCGCCCUAUUGCCAUAGGAUCGUGGUCCUGUGGAGAGCUUGGAAGUGAUCCUGAAUUGGAGGCUGUUGUUCAGUGGGUCGCGGCAUCCGUGGUUGGCUGUCCAGCGGUUGUCUACUGUACAUCUGGAGAUUCAAGAAUAGAGACGUUUUCCAAAGUGCAACAAAUUUUAAGACAGCGUGACUGGAGAGUUCGUGACGUUAUAAAAAGUAUCUUGCGUUACUGUCAGCAAGACAAGGCGAGCAAGGUCAAGUCAUCCAAUCUUUUUGAAAUGUUGUUAGAAAAAGCAUCGUAGUAGAUAGGACGAUGCAUUGCGUACGAUCUUGCAGUGUAUCAGAAUGUGUCACAGUCACAUGGUAUCGCAUUAUUUUAAGAAAUCGUCACGCACUCAAAACAGACGUGGUAUUGAUUGAUUUGCGGUUGUUGGGUCACACCGUCAAAUGCUAUCACGUGAUAAUGGUGUGUUUAUCGGCUGUGCGUAACAUGAAUGAAACGUGACGACAUUUUUCUAUAUUUUUUUCAAGCUAAUUUUACUUUUCAACGUUGUCCUCGACUGAACAACAGAGAGCAGAGCAUGAGAACAUUGCUGUAUCUUACCAACAAGGAUAGAAAUCGUUUGAAUUAUUUUCUGAAUCUAGUAAUAUAUAUAUAUAUAUAUAUAUAAAGUUUAUGGAAAUUAUAUUUUUAAUACAUCUUUUUAUUGUUACUUAGCAUAUUAUGAAAUAUGUAUUUUUAUCAAUAUAUCAUCAAUAGUUAUGUAUUUUUAUUAGCUUCAAUAUCAUUUACAGACUCGUAAACUACUACAGGUUUAGAAAAAAAGUAAACUAGCAUAGGUUUACAAAGUGUUUAUAGAAUAUGUUACAACAGGCAAAAUAAAACUACAGUUAUACA